AUGUGGACCCUCCCCCUGCAAGGACAGCUGUCCCUGGAGGGCAGCAGGGACCGCCAUGGCCUUCAGCUCGUGUCCAGCUACGGCAGACAGAACCUCAGCCUCUCGGCGGCCCUCAACACCCUGGACAAGAACUUGAAAAAGAGCCAAGUGGUGGUGAAGAUGGUAUUCUGGGAGCCCAAGAGCUUUCCCACAGAGCUGGAGUUUGAAGGAUCGGUGGAGGAACUGAAGAAGGACCCGAGAAUGUACCAGAAAACUGCCGUUUUGCUGCUCAGGCAGCCGUUCAAGAACUUUCCCCAGAGUUUACUCCUUCGCCAUACGUUCACUGUUGACCACUUCAAGGACCUCUACAUCUUAGAGUCCAGAGCGGGUUUUCAUAGCAGUGGCGAGGUCAUUCACACACUCACACUGGGAUACAAACCACCAAGACCUUUUGUUCGCUCGGCUCUGGUGCACCCAUUCAGCUCUUACAUGCUUCCAACUGACUCGGAGCUAUGCUUAACCAUGUUCAACAACCAGACCCAGAGGGAGGUUCAGGGGAGGCUCCGGGUAGGAAGCAAGGAGAAGAUUAACUUCAAUGGGCAGCUUCUCCAGAAGCCUGGACAGAGAGGCAUGAGGGUCCGAGCCAACCUCACCCACAUCCUCCAGCUGCAGCUGCCCUCCUCUGCCCUGCUGGAGGGAGAGGUGCACUGGACCCCCCCGGACAGCAAUGCUCUAGACUACCUGGCCAGGGGGAGGCUGAGGGUAGAGCGACAGGAGAGCCAGUUUUCCUUGCACCUGAAUGGAACCACCAAAGUAAUUGGGCUGUAUUCCUCUCUCAGUCAUCCCUUUAAAUCCAAGAUCCCCAAAACUGUAGAGGUGACUGCCACGCUGUACACAUGGCGGUCGGGGCGUGGCUUUAGCGGCAUACACGUGGUGGCUGAUGGCAAGGACAGGGCUCGCCUUGGGGCCAAGCUGUCCCACUCCCUGAGCGGGGGGGACAGAGCUGUGGGGCUGAAGCUCAACCUCUCCCAGAGCUUGUUCCCCAGAGCAGACCUGGCCCUCCAGCUGACCGCUAACCUGUCAGAGCACUGGGUUUCAGUGCUCGGCUCCUACACCCAGGGGGAAAGGGCCCUGUUGCUCAAGGCCAGGGCCCUCCUGACCCACACCCAGGGACUCCAGCUCUCUGUGACGGGGGAUCUCAGGCACUCUCUGGUGGGCCUCAGUGCUCUGCCAACAGCCCUUGGGCUGGAGGGAGCCCUGGGGAAGACGGAGGGACUCACAGAAGGACAGCUGAGACUCCAGGUGAUGGAGGCCCUGUACCUGGUGGAGUUUAAGCACAUUGAAGAACAUGGACACACAAGGGCUGGAUAUGGGGAUGAGGAGGAGAAGGAGCAUGAGGAAGAUGAGGAUGACACAGCAGGGGACGGCCCCGGGUGCAGGGCGAGCUACAGGCUGUAUGCUCAGUAUGGGGACCAAUUUGUGUGUUUGAACGCCAGCCGGCAGCUCAACAGCUGGGGGAAUGGAGUGCUCCACGCAAACCUCUCUCACUCCUCUGACCUGCUCAGUGCUAGAGGCUUUCCUGCUAACAACAGUGCCAAGGUGAGCUGGACAAACCAGAGAGGACUUCAAGCAUCCCUGUUAGCAGAGCUGCUGGCCGGGCCUGAGGGCCUGAGGGCAGAGCUGAGCUGGGCCAGGAUGGGCCGCCAAGCCGUCCCCCGCUGGGAGUUCCACUCCAGGCUGCAGCACCAGAGCGGGCCCCUUGCCAUCCGGGGCCUGCCCAGCUCCAUGCAGGCUGACGCACACUACCAGAGAGAGGAGGGCAGAGUCCUCGGAGACCUGGUUCUUCACAUAGAGGAGCAAAAAAAGCUGGAUGCUCGUUUUAUUGCGACAAGGAACAACAACACAGCAAAUGUAUCUGUGUCUCUAUGGCAACAGAUACAGCAACCCAGGGAAGUUUUACCCACAUCUCUGCAGAUGAACUGCACAAGUGACUCCUCCACAGACCGCUUCUUAGGUCAAUGCUAUGGAAGUUUGGCGAGCUACUCAGUUGAGACUCCUACUCCACGGGAAUUCUUCAUAAAUGGCUCGGUUCUCCAAAAAGGCUGUGCCACCUCUCUGAACACCCAAAUCCAGGCUAUGGGCGAAGAGAAGGCCAGACUGAGUCUAUCUCUAGAAUGCCAUCCUCACUUGAGCCUCCGGGGGUCCGUUCAGCACUCCAUGGAGGCAGCACCGAUGCAGGUUGUGCCCACCCACGGGGCUCUGGUCCUGGCCUUUUCAGCUGUAUUCCCCCCUGGUGGGUUGGAGCUGGGGCUGGAUCUGGGGCAGUGCCAUUUCAGGUCUCUCCUUGGGCAGAGCAGGUCUCAUGAGAUGCAGAAGAGCCAGUCAGCGUAUUCUUUCAAUGUCAGCCAAUACUGCCCAGCUCUACAGAUCCCAGGACAUGCCAGGCUGUCCGUGUCGGCCGGGGCUGGACAGCGGGGGUAUGCUGGCCAAGCCCUGCUGCACAUAGGCCAGUGUACACUGGGGGUGACGGGCGGCAUCCUGCCCAGCCCUGGCCUGCAGGGUUCAGUGGUGUAUUACAACAACUGCACAGUUGUACAGAAGUGGGGGAGUCCAGACAGGGUGCAGUUCUCGGGGUCUGUGGUCACCUCUCGUGGUGCUCUUGAGACAGGGGUUUCCAUGGUGCUAGACAAGAAAACACUACAGGCUUCAUUAGUCCUGAUUAAAACCAAGUAUCAGAGCAAAGUAUCAGUCCUUCUCAACAACAACGUGCCCCUGCUAAAGAUGUUGGGCCUGCCCUCGUCUGCUGCCAUGGCGAUUAACUCUGGGAACCAUGGCGAUGGCUCAUACUAUUACCUUCAGAAUUGCUCUGCAGGAAAUCAACAGUUUACCAAGAAGAUGACAGUGACAAUGUCCUCUGCAGAUGCAGGAAUAAACAGUAGUUUUAUUCAUACAGUGAACUUCCUGCGGGCUCUCGGAGUCCCUGAAAACAACAGCAUUCAGAUGGAGCUGAGCUCUGGCAAGGAGAAGACUUUAAACCUGCAGUCCCAGCUCGGGAGACAGCAUGCAGUCUUCAGAUUGAAGAUCAAGGGGCUCUCCCAGACGACAGAGCUAACAGGAACCAUGUGGUCCAGCGGGCCGCCCAACAUUAUAGAGGGCCUCUGUUCUGUCAAGAGAGGGGUUUCUGGCUUUCAAUCCCAGGCCCGGUUGGCUGUGGACAGGCACAAGGUGCUGGCUACUGGCUUCAACGUCAGCGUGGUGGACGGGAAUCUGGCCAUGUUGCUCUCCUUCAACCAACCCAACGGGCCUGCACUCUUUGAGACCGCCCUGACUGCCCACUUCAAAGGGCCCCUGAGGAGCCUAUCAGCGGACGUGCGUGUUAAGGGAGCCAGGGUGUCUCUGCUUGGGGACAUAGGGGAGCUGGGCCCCCGAGGAGGCUCCAUCGAGGCCCGGCUUACCCUGAAGCACAGCCUGGACGGAAAAAACACCCCAGUCUUCCAGGUUGAGGCUUGGGGCCGGCUGACUGAAUCACAGCUGAAGUGCUCCAUGGCUGUAAACCCAGCGUUGGGUUCAUCAUUGGCUCUCAUUAUACAAGGACAUCGCCUGCUACACAGUAAGGAGUUGAUGGUGAAGGUGGUCCAAAACAUCCCCCAGCUGAUGUUCUACCUGCCUGGUCAACUCAACACCAGGACGCAGGUAAACCAUUCAAGCUCCAGAGUAGCAAGCGUGGUGGAGCUGUCCUCGGGAAGGAGGAGGCUGUUGGCGCGGUGUGAGCUGGUGGUCCUCCAGGGGGGAUAUAUGCAGGCAAUGGAGCUCAACCACACCUUCCCACAGCUGAAGCCGUUACCGCGGGCCGUGGCAGUGCGGACCCUAUUCGAGGCCAAAAACUGGAGCCACCAGAUCCAACAUGGAACAGUGUGGGGAAAUAGGGAGAUCCGCUUGACUGGCGUCUACUCCGUGCCACCCUCACUGGAGAUAGGGAACCAUGUACUGAAGGGUAAGCUAAGAAUAUGA